CGCCGGGGUUGGGUGGCGUGCGACGAUGAGGGUGAGUGGCUACCCAACAUCAAAUGCACAGCAGAAAUUUCCAAAAUCUCUGCAUAUGUAUGGAGGAAAAAACUGUAACGGAUAACCUAUAGGAAUUUGUAGUUCUAUAGCAGAAUUUGAGAGCUCUGUCUUCCACUUCGUUGUACUUAGUAACGCAAGGCCUUUCAAGAUCCUUUAAAUGAAUUCUGGAACUCACUCAUCUAACGGCAGCUGAAAUUAUUGCAAUUGCGCUAUGCGUCUCUGAAUUCUUGAAUUCCAAGAAUUAAUGGAACUCAUAUUUUGAAUUUCUGAACUUUUAUAUUCUUUGAAUCGAAAGAAGUAAGAAGCCUCUUUCAAUUGUUGAAUUCUUGAAUUCCAAGAAUUGAUAAAAAGUCAGAUUUCGAAUUUCUGAAUUUUUGUAUUCUUUGAAUUGAAAAAAAUAAGAUGCGUCUCUCAAUUGUUGAAUUGUUGAAUUCCAAGAAUUGAUAAAAGGUCGCAUUUCGAAUUUCUGAAUUUUUGUAUUCUUUGAAUUGAAAAAAAUAAGUUACGUCUCUCAAUUGCUGAAUUCUUGAAUUCCAAGAAUUAAUAGAACUCAUAUUUUGAAUUUCUGAACUUUUAUAUUAUUUGAAUCGAAAGAAGUAAGAAGCCUCUCUCAAUUGCUGAAUUGUUGAGUUCCAAGAAUUGAUAAAAUGUCACAUUUCGAAUUUCUGAAUUUUUGUAUUCUUUGAAUCGAAAGAAGUAAGAAGCCUCUCUCAAUUGCUGAAUUCUUGAAUUCCAAGAAUUGAUAAAAUGUCAGAUUUCGAAUUUCUGAAUUUUGGUAUUGUUCGAAUUGAAAAAAAUAAGAUGCGUCUCUCAAUUGUUGAAUUCUUGAAUUCCAAGAAUUGAUAAAAUGUCAGAUUUCGAAUUUCUGAAUUUUGGUAUUGUUCGAAUUGAAAAAAAUAAGAUGCGUCUCUCAAUUGUUGAAUUCUUGAAUUCCAAGAAUUGAUAAAAAAUCACAUUUUGAUUUUUUGUUGUAUUCUUGUUGUAAACAAUUGUUUUAUUCUUGAGUUGAAAGAGAAAGCUUGAUGUUUAUUUCUGAAUUCUUUCUGCUAAUUCUGCAUUCGUCGAAUGGCUAAUUCUGAAUUUUUGAAAUUUCAGAAAUUGAUAAAAACCUUGAUGCUAAUUCUUGAAUUCUUUCUGCUAAUCUUGAAAAUUUUAUCAAUGUAGGGUUCUCUGAAUUCCGCUGCCCCUUACUCACUUUAUGACAAUAUUCGUUUAUAUUUAAAUGUACAUUACUUAAUGACCAUAAGUUCACCUAUUAUUGCUAGAAACUGUCAGAAGAUCUAAAUGCUUUUAUUUUUCGGAAAAGGAAGACGCUGAUUUUAGAUGGGAGAUAAAUCUAAAUAACCCAAAUAUUCUGUUGAUUUCUGACUAAAAUAAGAUGAGCAUUGGAGAGGACAAUCUUUGUUUAUUUUGUAUGCGGACAGUAUAUUAACAGUAGAAUAUACAACAGAAGGGAAGCUAAAAAUGGACAUGAUUAACCAACGAAAUUUUCUUGAAUCUUCGUUUCGAUUGUUCGAUGAAACACAAUAUAUCAAAUAACUGAAAGAAAAAAUUAUAACUUUUACUCACCUCACAAGUUAAAAUAAUAGUAUAUUAUAGUAGAAACGAUCAUGAGAAAAGAUCGAUCAAAAAACCAUAUUCAGUCGAUGUCUAUUAUUUAUAUAAAGACAAAGAUAAAUUUCAAGUCAUCUAUGGUCAAUAAGACCGUUAUGCAACCUUUCCUAUUUUAUAUCACAGUCUGUCAGAAGAGCCGAAAGAUAGUAUUGUAUUAAAUAAAUUUGAUCAACUACAAAGAAAGAAAGAGAUAUCAUAAAACUACAGAAAAAAGAGCAGUAGAAAAUUUUCUUUUGUUAAAAGUGAAUUCCCCCCAACUGAUGAAAAAUAUUUUGCAGUUUUAAUGCGAUUUAAAAUUAUUAUAACAAUAUUUCUUAGUAUAUUAUCACAAAACUGAACAUCAAAUAACAGCGCUAACUUAGAAAAAAGUGUCAACAAAAAUAAAGUUUUUCUGACUUCAAUUCAUGUCUGUAGUAGAAAACAAAUUACAAGAAUACAAAUCUUUUCAAACCCCUGUACUUUAAACUAAUUGAACUAUUGCAUAGAAACAGGAAUUUUGACGGUUUUGAAGAAUUUUUGUUCUAUAUUUUGUAGGUUUAAACUGUAUACUAUUGAUAAAAAGAGCAUAAGAAAACUAUGAACAAAAACAAUGUUCCUAGUUUCGCUUAAUUCAAAGUUUUAUAAUUUUCUGAAUAGAAUUUUCAUUAUUUUUUGUUUGAAAUUCAACAAAAUACUGCCUGCAUCAUGCGUUUUAUAAUGUUAGAUUUUAGAGGAUGCGCUUUUUCGAUAUAGAAUAAGAAAAAAUCUUCUGAUGAUGUGUAAAGCCCAUAGUCGUCUUUUUCUAUGCAGUAAGAAGAAAAAACAAUGACCACUCUUGUAUUUUAUCUCGAAAUUACAGACAGACGACUUUUUUCGCAAUGUAUGUAAGUUUAUAUUCAUCGUCCAUUACUGCAAAUAUUUUCAAGAAAUUUUCUUUAGACACUAAUCCAUAUCACUUGUUCAAACACACUAAUCAAUUUUUCAACUGUUACGAAUGGCAAACAAUGAAUAAACAAGUAAGCAAUUUUCUUAUUGUAUUUUCUACAAUACUCAUAAAGAUUAUUUUAGCUCGACGUUUAUAUAACCUACUGGACAGACCCCGUCUAGAAGCAAUGAAUAAACUGGAAACAUAUCAUUCAGCCCUGUUAACAAUUAUAAAUAAUGAAAAGUUAAGUGAAACUUUAACAUCAGAUGAUAAAACAUUCAUGACAAAUAUCAUUAAUAAUGCUAUUAAAUGGAUGAACAGGAAUAUUGAUGCUAGUCAAGGUGCAUUGGAAAAACAACUAGAAGAAUUGGAAGACAUUUGUUUACCAAUAUUAUCAAAAAUUAACAAAGGUGAAAGUGGUGAUCCAGGAGAAGUAGGUGGAGAUGAUGGUAAACAACAAGAGCCAACAAUUGAAGACGAUUAA